AAAGAAAAUGGAGGCCCUGAGCCCCUGAGAAGGGUUUCCUUCCAGUCUCACUGGUUUUAAGAAGAAACGGGAGGAUUUGAACCCAGGUCUUUAGACUGCAAAUCCAAGGCUCUUUCCAGCACCCCUCUCAUUCCAGUAGCUUUAGCUUCUUGGAACAUGAGGGAGCCCAGGCUGAAGUCUCUGAGUACAUCUGUCUCUCAGAUCGAAGUGAUUCCCUGUAAGAUCUGUGGGGACAAGUCUUCAGGGAUCCAUUAUGGCGUCAUCACCUGUGAAGGCUGCAAGGGCUUCUUCCGACGGAGCCAGCAGAACAACGCCAGCUACUCCUGUUCCCGACAACGUAACUGCCCUAUUGACCGCACCAGCCGAAAUCGCUGCCAGCACUGCCGGCUACAGAAGUGCCUAGCUCUGGGCAUGUCACGAGAUGCGGUCAAGUUUGGCCGGAUGUCCAAGAAGCAGAGGGAUAGCCUAUAUGCAGAAGUGCAACGACACCAGCAGAACCAGGAGGCAGGACAGUCCCUGAAUGGCAGUGGCCUAAUCCCCAGAGAUGGCCCCAAUAUGACCAGUAGCCUCUCUGACCUGGACCACCUGUCAGGCUUGCCAGAUGGGCUGCUCUUUGACAUGCCACUCAGCCCAGAGGAGACAGAAGCCAACAACACUGCCUCAACGUACUAUGCUCUGGACCUGCUGGGUUCUGCCCAGUCAUCACCAGAGCCAACAUGCCUGGAGGCACUGUAUGAGAUGGGGCUGGACCCUGGUGUCCUGGUGCACAGUGGAACCCCUGGGAUCCUGCCUGAGGGUGAUAUUGAGCGAGUGGCCCAGAAUGUCAUCAGGUCCCACCGGGAGACCUGUCAAUACACAACAGAGGAGCUAAAGCGGUUGGCAUGGGCCCAGCACACCCAGGAGGAGCUGUGCAGCUUGCAGGCAAAGCCUUGUGAGGUUCUAUGGCAACAGUGUUCGCUCCAGAUUUCCCAUGCCAUCCAGUUCGUGGUGGAAUUCGCCAAGCGUAUCUGCGGCUUCAUGGACCUUGACCAGAAUGACCAGAUCAUCCUACUCAAAGCAGGUUGCCUAGAAGUGCUGCUUAUCCGAAUGGUUCGGGUUUUCAAUCCUCUGAAUAAUACUGUGCUCUUUGAUGGCAAGUUUGGAGGAAUCCAGAUGUUCAAGGCCUUGGCCUGUGAUGACUUGAUUGGGGCCAUCUUUGAGCUGGAGCGGGGCCUGUGUCGACUACAAUUGUCAGAUGAGGAAAUAGCUCUGUUCACAGCAGCUGUCUUGUUGUCUCCAGACCGUCCCUGGCUCCUUGAGGCAAAGAAGGUACAGAAUCUCCAGGACCAGAUUUUCCUUGCCUUGCAGCAUGAGAUCCAGAAGCAGCCUUCUCCAGAGGACAGACUGUCCAAGCUCAUCUCCAAGUUGCCCCUGUUGAAAACCAUCUGCCGUUUGCACCUGGAUAAGCUGGAAUGUUUCCGCCUCUUGCAUCCAGAAACAGCUCGUCUCUUCCCCCCACUCUACAAGGAAGUUUUCAACACUGAGCUUCAGUACAGCAACCUCCGGGAGAGCUAG